CCUUGCUUACCCCAGCAAAGUGCCUUGCCAAAGUAGGUGCUCAGUAAAUGUUUACUGAACCAAGGAGACUAGAGGCCUUGCCUAGGGCAAGAAGAUCAAAUCAGCAGCAGCACAAGUUUACCCAGCAUUGUGAUUAUCUUCAGAACCAACAAUCGUCAUUUAUCCUCUAGUCACAGAGGUACAAUGGUGUCUGCAGCAUGUGGAGCGGCACUAAAUCCACCCUGUGUAAAACAGAACGUCCGCAAGUGCAUUUCUUCUCUGAGCUGAAAGACUUCUGGGGCAUUUUAACCUGCUAACGGCAAGAAGAAGGGUUCCCCACAUAGUUCCAAAGGUCUUCCACUUGCCACCAACACCAGAAGAAGUAAAAUGAUUGAACCCAUAGGGAAUCAGUAUGUUGUGGCCAGGCCAGUGUACUCUGCAAACGCUUUUGGAGAAGAACAUAAGAAGAAACACAGACAUCAUAAGACAUUUCUGGAUCAUCUCAAAUUGUGUUGUAGCUGUUCCACACAAAAGGCCAAGAGAAUUGCCCUCUCUUUGUUCCCCAUAGCAUCUUGGUUACCAGCAUAUCGACUGAAGGAAUGGCUUCUCAGUGACAUCGUUUCUGGUAUCAGCACAGGGCUGGUGGCUGUACUUCAAGGUUUAGCAUUUGCUCUGCUGGUCACCAUCCCCCCAAGAUAUGGGUUGUAUGCAGCCUUUUUCCCAGUCAUAAUCUACUUUUUCUUGGGUACUUCUAAACACAUAUCUGUAGGACCAUUUCCAGUCCUGAGUAUGAUGGUGGGAGCAGUAGUUACAAAAGUAGCCUCAGAUGCCAGUACCACUAUGGACUUGUCCAAUAGCACAGUGAAUAACGAAUCAAUAUUGGAGCAGAAGAAACUAAUGGUGGCUACGACUGUCACGGUCCUUUCUGGAAUCAUCCAGCUGGCCCUGGGGGUUCUGCGGAUCGGAUUUGUAGUGAUAUACCUAUCUGAGUCUCUGAUCAGUGCCUUCACCACUGCUGCCGCCGUUCAUGUUUUGGUUUCCCAGCUCAAAUUCAUGUUGCAGCUGUCGGUUCCGGCUUUCACAGACCCAUUCUCGCUUUUCAAAGUACUAGAGUCUGUAUUCACCCAAAUAGAGAAGACUAACAUUGCAGACCUCGUGACAUCCCUGAUUAUCCUGUUUAUUGUAUUUGUGUUUAAAGAGAUAAAUCAGCGCUACAAGUCCAAACUUCCAGUGCCUAUUCCCAUCGAACUCAUCAUGACGGUGAUCGCAACAGGCGUAUCCUAUGGUUUUGACUUCGAGCACAGGUUUAAUGUGUCUGUGGUUGGGGAGAUGAAUACUGGAUUUGAGCCCCCUAUUACACCUGAUGUGCAGAUUUUCCAAGACACCAUAGGAGACAGCUUCGGCAUUGCAAUUGUGGGUUUUGCGGUGGCCUUUUCUGUUGCCAGCGUCUAUUCCCUCAAGUACGAUUAUCCAAUUGAUGGCAAUCAGGAGUUAAUAGCUUUGGGAUUGAGUAACAUAUUCACUGGAUCAUUCAGAGGCUUUGCAGGGAGUACCGCCCUCUCCAGAUCGGGGGUUCAGGAGAGUACAGGAGGCAAAACGCAGGUUGCUGGACUCCUCUCUGCUGUCAUUGUGUUGAUUGUCAUUGUGGCCAUUGCCUUUCUUUUGGCACCACUUCAAAAGUCUGUCCUGGCAGCUUUGGCCCUUGGAAACUUAAAAGGAAUGCUGAUGCAGUUUGCUGAAAUAGGCAGAUUGUGGCGAAAGGAUAAAUAUGAUUGUUUAAUUUGGAUCAUGACCUUCAUCUUUGCCAUUGUUCUGGGACUUGGGUUAGGCCUGGCAGCAAGUGUGGCAUUUCAGCUCCUAACCAUUGUGUUCAGGACCCAAUUUCCAAAAUGUAGUACGCUGGCUAAUAUUGGAAGGAGCAACAUCUAUAAGAACAAAAAAGACUAUUCUGAUAUGUAUGAACCGGAAGGAGUGAAAAUUUUCAGAUGUCCAUCUCCAAUCUACUUUGCAAACAUCAGUUUCUUUAAGCAGAAACUUAUUGAUGCUGUUGGCUUCAGUCCACUUCGAAUUCUACGCAAACGCAAUAAAGCUUUGAAGAAAAUUCGAAAACUGCAGAAGAAAGGCCUGCUCCAAGUGACACCGAAAGGAUUUAUAUGCACUGCUGAUGGUUUAAAAGAUUCUGAUGAAGAGUUAGACAACAAUCGGAUAGAAGAAUUAGAUCAGCCCAUCAACACCACCGAUCUGCCCUUCCAGAUAGACUGGAAUGCUAAUCUUCCUCUCAACAUUAUGGUCCCCAAAAUCAGCCUCCACAGUCUCAUUCUCGAUUUUUCAGCAGUGUCCUUUCUCGAUGUUUCUUCAAUGAGGGGUCUCAAAACGAUUUUACAAGAAUUUAUCAGGAUCAAUGUAGAUGUGUAUAUUGUUGGAACUGAUGAUGACUUCAUUGAGAAGCUUGCUCGUUGUGAAUUUUUUGAUGAUGAAGUCAAGGACUCAAUAUUUUUCUUAACGAUUCAUGAUGCUGUUUUGCAUAUUUUGAUGAAGAAGGAUUAUAGUGCUUCAAAGCUUAAUUUCAGUCAGGAGAAAGACAAGAAAUUUGAUUUUACCAUAAAUACAAAUGGAGGAUUGCGUUAUAGGGAAUAUCAGGUACCACUUGAAACAAAAUUCUAAUCAAAAUAUAAUUCAGAAGGACCCUCAUCUGACUGUCACAUAAAGAACAACUUUAUACCCAAAAAGUUAUCAAUAAGUUCAUACAUUGUAUGAAAAAUAUUUUUAUUUGACAGAAUUAUGUUUCAAACUUUGGAACGAGAUUGUUCUAGCAUGGUAUAUUUUUCACAUAUCUAGUAUGAAAUUAUGUAAAUAACUUAAUUUUAUACCUUGUAGAUUUAUCAAAGGAAAAUUAUUUUGUAUAUAUGUAUUUUUGUAGCAUUGUCAGAUUUCAAGUCACAACUUUUAUGCUUUGCAGUGUAUUUAUACCACUGCUUUGAAUCUCAUAAUUUAUACAGGUCAUGCUAAUAUCUCUCCAUUUAAAAAAAUUCAGUUGUACAGCAAAUGCGUCAUUUUAUUAAAUUUGUUAUAAGCUUUCUGAUACAUGCUUGCCGUGGGUCCCUUUUAUAGUGAUCUGAAUAGAGAACUGUUACAUGAGAAUCUUAACAAAACCCCUAUAAUGAGAUUUCUUUGCUCAGAUUUUAAGACUACUCCAGCUUUUAAAAAUAUCUAACCUACUAUCCAGAGUGACACAAUCCUUUUAAAGUCAUAUGUGUAAAUAUCAUUAACUUUUGAGGCAAAUCCUUAUUUUCCCCUUCUUACUAUGAAAAAUGUAUAGGCUAAUAUGGGCUAUAAAAUCACAAAGCAAGGUGAAAAAAGAGAAACCAUGAUGGAAAGUCAAUUUGUCCUGGCCUCAAUGGGAAGAAAACAUGGUAGAAAAAGGAAUGACUCUUUUUUUCACUGCUGGUCAUUGUAACUUACAGGGCAGAAUAACAUCUCCAGAGCUCAAUUUCACUGGAGAAUGAGAUUCAGUACCUAUGUUUCUUUCUCACUGGCAUUGUUCCAAAUUCGUUGUCAAUGGGAAAAGUCAUCUCAAUUGUUUUAGACUUAGCUCUCAACAUUUAUUGUCAAAAUACUUUUAUCCUUUGUUAACAGUGUCUUAUACUGAGUGGGUUUGUUUACUGGACUUAAGCCCAAACAGAGAAGGGCAUAAGAAAAGUUAUUUACAUAGCUGAUCUUAAAUCAAACUAUAAUAUCAGCACUCUUUACAGUAUUUCUUAAACAGUUUGAAUCAUGAACACCUUAUACAGUCUCAUGCACCUUGUGAAUUUUAGGGAAAAAAUAUAUACACAUAUGUAUGUAUGCCCUACAAACCUCAAGAGUAAGAGUUUUUCCUUGAUAUAGGGUAUAGACUAGAAAUUGAAAACAGGAAUCUAUUUUAGUGGUCAUUUGACUUGGGUGGAGGACAAAAGCUUUAUAUACGUUGUGUCUUCUCAGGCCUGGUGCCCUCCACAUUCUUGCCAACCAAGAUCACAGGUAACAGGCACAGGCGCUCCAGUUCUCACACCCAUAUCACCAUACAUUCAAUCUUUAUAUCCUCACCUGAAGUUUCUUUUCUUCUAGGUCUCUAAGGUGGAUGUGCUUUGAGUAGUAGGAACACGUGGGCCUGAGCCUCUACUUAGCAAACAGUAGAAUUUAUUUACUUGUACAGAAAUCUAAUCCCUGAUUUAGGAUGAGGUUAGGAGAUCAUGUUGCAAGAUAGAAAUAAAAUUAUGUAAACUAGAGGAAGAUGGAAGGAGAAAAUACAAGUGGAAGACAGGAUAAUCCUGGGGAUACACAAACACAUUACUAAAAUUAAGAAAGGUUGAGCAGUUUGUCUUGAACAUCAUUUUAUGAUAAUUAAGCAUUUGAUACAUAUUCUUCAUAGUAAUUUGCACUUAGAAAUAUAAAUAAAAUGUUUUAAACAAAAGUCUGACUCUACACUGUAUGAACAAGAAUAGAAGAGGGAUUAUUGAUUCACUUUUUUAGUACUUCCUUCUGGAUUUCACCAUGUUGAAACUGAUCUGCUCCCCUUAUUGUGCUCUACCAGCAUACUUUCUGCUCCAUGAAUUACCACUCUUCAGGCUGCUCCAACUGACAAGUCUGUCAGGAAAUCCUAUUGACUAUGUAAACAUACAAUCAAUUAAUUCUCAAAACAGCCCUUACAAGCAGACACUAUGAUUACACUCACUUUGUAGAAAAGUAAAACAAGGCUCAACAAGGAUACGGCAACUAGUCUAAGGUAUAUAGUUGCAGAAACCUGCUCAGACAAUACAACUCCAAAACCCAGGUUUUUUAGUUAACAUUACCUCCCAAAGAAAAUGAAAACCUGUCUAACAACUAAUCUAUUUUAAGGCAGGACAUUUUUAAAUGUUAAAAAAAAAAAAAAAAAAAUCCUGGCCACUAUAAUGAAAAA